AUGAAGGUCGAGCUGUGCAGCUUCAACAGGUACAAGAUCUACCCGGGUCAUGGGAGGCGUUAUGCCCGCAUGUGCACUGAUGGGAAAGUUUUCCAAUUUUUGAAUGUAAAAUGUGAGUCUGCAUUCCUUUCAAAGAGGAACCCUCGGCAGAUCAAUUGGACUGUCCUCUAUAUAAGAAAGCACAAGAAGGGACAGCUGAAAGAGAUUCAAAAGAAAAGAAUCCACCAGGCAGUUAAAUUCCAGAGGGCCAUCACUGGGGCUUCUCUUGCUGAUAUAAUGACCAAGAGGAACCAGAAACCUGAAGUUCGAAAGGCCCAACGAGAACAAGCCAUCAGGGCUGCCAAGGAAGCAACAAAGGCUAAGCAAGCAACUAAGAAAACAGCUGCAUCUGCUGCUAAGGCUCCUACAAAGGCAGCACCUAAACAAAAAAUUGUGAAGCCAGUGAAAGUUUCUGCACCCCAAGUUGGUGGAAAACAAUUGUCUACUAAAUCAGACUAA